AUGCUUGGUGUCGCCUCCAUGCUUUGCCGUCUGGGCGUGCGCCCGCAUUCAACGUCGGCUCUGGCAUCUCGGUCGACUGCCGACUUCAUGGCGAUUCUCGCGUAUGUGAAUUUCAAACGAGAGGGUUACGUCACCAGCUACGCUUCGGACCCAGUGCUCGCCUUAGGAGCGAUGAAAGUGUGGUAUGAACUGAAACAUGGUUUGGCAAAGUAUAUCCUGCCGCAACUCAAGAACCUCCUUUUGGAUGAAGCAUUAGACACCGGUGGAGUUGGCGAAAUUGGCGAGAUGGUUGCUCGGAUUUUGCUGCUUCUGGCGAUGGACACGUGUGUGAUGGGGGACAAAGACUUUUCCCAGUGCUACCACACGAUCGGGCAAUUUGUACCGGUGCAGGAUUUCUUGGACGUGCUACAAGGCAAGAAAAAGCUGCCGAUAUAUCUCAAGAGGAUGAUCAGCAAGGAGAAUUUGAGACCAGAAUUCAACAAGUGGUGCUCGAAGUGGGAUGGUUGGUACGUGGGGUUCACCCACUUUGUGCAGUUGCAGCUCGAGCCGAAUGAGGACACGCUUUGGUUUUUGCUGGGACGUCAGGCUGCGGGUAUUUUCCCCCGUAACCAGAAUGGAGCCGAUUUGUUGAUCCCGAUGUUUAAGAAGAGAUCCAACAGCAGGCCAGUCGGUGGGGAGACUACGAGGGGUGAGCAGGAGGGGCAUGAGGUGUUGAUGAUGUUGAUUCAAGUGAAGAAUCGUUCCCCAGUCGAUGGAGAAUUUUCCAAGGCAGCGACGGAGAGACUAGGCCCCUGGUUUGUGUUCGGAAAGAACAGUGAUGGGAACUCGUCAGCGGGGAAAUCUACUGAUGAAAUUGGUAGGGAUCCGAAACCGCUGGGUUCCACGGAUGUCCGUGAUACCAUUCGCAUCUACAUGAAUGUGCGCGGUAGAACGCGUGACGGCAAGUUCAUCUAUGCCACGACAAUGAAAGACAAUCUUAAGCCCAAGAAGAAAGGCAACGCCUCUGAGGAUCCUGUUUUCACGAUCUGCCUCCGUUUACUCAACAGGGUCACCUACCCGUUCCUGAGCGAGGACGUGGCUUCCAUUCUAUCAAACAUGGUGGAGUCUCAGUAUGACCCGCUGGGGCUUGUGGAGGGCGACCUGGACUAUCGCGAUGAAGAUGAAAAACGAAACAAGGACGUUAGUUCGUAUGCAAAGUUGUCGCUUACCGCGAAGCGCGACAAGUUGUUGCAGAACGCCCGUAAAGCACUAGCGUACGCGCCGGGUGACAAGGAAGAAGAGUGA